AUGACAACACGCUGCUCUCUUUCUGCGACCGGCGCUGCUCCGGGCGGGAGGGGGAGGCCGGCGGCGCGCAUACCUCCGACGCUGGCCAGAUGUCAGCGGCCCUCCGCCCCGCGCCGGGACGGCAACUUCUGCCCGCGCCUCGCGCGCCGCUCCGGACGGGCCCGCGGCCUCGCGCCGGCACCCCGAGUCCCGCCCGGGCGGCCCGGAGCGCGGCCCCGCGGCUCGGCCCGGCUGCCGGGUCACGGCGGCGCGCGCGCCAACUCCCGGCCAAGUUGCGGCGGGGCCCCGCGGGCGGCGGCGGCGGCGGCGGCCGGGGCUCACCUGGCGGGGGGCGGCCUCAGCGCGGUCCUUCCAUGGCUGCGGCGCAAACUUUCAUCUGACGGAGGCGGGCAUGGCGCGCCCCGCCUCAGCCCGAGCCCCGAGCGCGCCGCGGGGGUCCCGGCGCGGGGCGCUCCGCCGCCUGCAUGGGCUCGGCCGCACCGCCCCCCACCCCGCGCCGCCGGGCAGCGGUCCGCCCGGCGCGAGCCGAAGAGCGAGAAAUUGUUUCCACCGCAAACAAAAAAGGCGACACAUGACCAGGGAGGAGGGGAGAGAGGGAAAACGUGGGCCGGGCCACCGCGCCGGGAGAGCCGCGGAAGGGAGGGAGGGCCCCAGCGGGGGGAGGGCGGGCGGCGCUGCGGACGGGGGCGGGACGCGGCGGAGCGGCGCGGAGCCUCCGCUCAGCGCCGGACCGGGGGCCGCCCCGCGGCGAUCGCGGAGGCGGCGGCGGCGGCUGCGCGAGGGGCCGCGGCCCCGGGGGAGGACGGGGAGCGGCCGCCGCGGGCGGAGCGGCGCCGCAGGGCCCGGGGUACGUCUGCCGCGGGCGGCGGUCAGCCGAGCCCCGCCGGUAGCCACGCGGCGCCGCGGCCUCGAGCGGCUGGCGGAGCGCUGAGCCGCGAGCGCGGAAGCCUCGGCGGAGCGGGACGGCUCUCGGCCCCGUCCCGCAGCGCCGGCCCCCUCCCAGCCGGCAGCCGAGUCCCGCGGAGAACGGCGGAGCCUGCGAGCCCCCGCGGCCGCUCCCGUCUGCUCGCCGCCUCCAAACGCGGCCGGCACGGCGCCGCGCCGUGCGGGGGCUCCUCGGGCGGCGGUCUCCGGGCCGCGGCCCUGCCCGGGUCCGCCUUGGUUACAGCCGCACGGCGCUGGCUGCGAGCCCGCCGCAACUUCCGUGGAAAACGAACCGAAGCGAAACAGUCGAUUCCUGCAGCCUAUAGAACCGUGCCCUACAAUUAGGCCUGAUUUCGUCCCGGUGAAGUUAUCUUGACAUAACCAGUAUCAAACUCGAUUAACCAAGCCGACCGUAGCACGCCUCUUUUAGACCGAGGGGAGUGACCUAACUUGAUCUCCACACGAAAAAGCAGCUGCCCGGCCCAGACAGCGCCAAUUGCACCGCAACCUCCGGUGUGCCCGGCGUUUGAUCCUACAGCUUCCGAGGGUCACAGCACCCAGGCACCUCCAAAACAGGUACCAGAGACUGCACCCGAGCCACAAACAACACGCGUCUUCUUCCCUGAGUAAGUGAGGCUUGCAGAUUUAGUGCAGCAUCAUAUAGAAUCAUAGAACCAUCGAGGUUGGAAAAGACCCACGGGAUCACCCAGUGCAACCAUCUCAUGCAAAUUAAUUGUUAUACCAAUACCGAAAAGGCCCGUUGCACAAACAUAAAGUGUGUGUUAGAAGCACAGGAACGUGCACAGAGCCUCACACGCAAGUCGUUUCUAAGCCAAGAAGAAAAGCAUUUUAGCCAUUUUGCUUAGAAAAGUCAGGACAGCUGUCCCAAGGCCUUGCAGGCCCGCAGUGUCACUCUGCUCAGCUGGGUGGGAUCGCUGCUACGUUCCACUGCAUUUCAUUGCCGUUUUCCGAGGCAUUGGUUACCUUUGUCAAUCUCUCUGCCAUGUGCAGAAAUUUUAGACCAGAGACCACUCAGUUCACAGAGCACAGGGCCGAAAUACCUCUCAUCCAUUCUCGCAAACGAGCCGUUCAGCCAUCCCUGCCAUAACUCACUCAGACCUCCUUUUGCCGACAGCCUCCCCACCUGACCCAGCGAGCUGCUGUUGCGCAUUCUUGCAUAUUUGCAGGAGGACCGGCCAGCAGCUGGAUUGCAGCAGGCAGAUAAGAGCUGGGGCAGCAGAGCCACACUGCCAGCCGUGCCCUCUGACCGCCCCAGCACUCACAGUCAGCAGACCGUCAGUGUGCACAGCUCUUAUCUCAUGGCCAUUUUUGUUUUUAACCCAAACUAAAUUAGUCAGCCAUAAUGCCACUCACCUGAAUUUACUCCACAUGCUUUGUGAAUCAACAUGUCUCUUUACUAACUAGCACGGAGAUCUGUCACACCUAUCUUCACUUGCAGAGCCUGAGUGUUUGGAGAAGAAUUCAGCUCAUGAGAAGUGUUCCCAAAGGGAGAAGGGGGAGGACUCAUGGGACACAGGAUGGUAUAGAGAGGUUAUUGCAUCUUGAGUAGUAUCUUUUUAUGUACAUAUCCUAUUCAGGUAUACAGCUUACUUCUGCUCAAAAUUAAUGGCAAAAUUCCCCAUCAGAGCUGGUACAAUGAGAUCAGUUUCACACCUCUCCAUGGCAGGUAGGAAUUUCCCCGGCACAUGCAAUGAGGAUUACAAUGUGCCACCAACAUGGGGCAUUUGUCAAGCACACAGAAAAGGCACUGAGAUCGAGCGCAGGGCUGCAGCCAGGACAGAGACCACUCAGGGAGCAGGGAAUGGGCCACUGGCACGGGCUCUGAGCAGCCUCCUGCUGCUGCCCGCUCUCCGCAAGCCUGGCAGCAACCAGAGCCGCUGGCUUCACCUCCAGUGAGACAACACUGAGCCUCCUGGGGACAACUUCCUGGGCAGAUGGCACCCCCCAGCUCCUCCUGACUUUUUGCUGCAAUAUUCAAUACAACUAAUGGAGAGAGGAAGAUACGGCCUCUCUGCAGUCCCUCUAAGCCACGCUGCUGGCUUAGAAACUUCAGCAGCACCAGAUCAUCCGAAGUAUGGCCAUCAAGUACUCCUAGGCAAGCCACCAAAUUUACUUGGGUACUGAUUUCACUAUUUCUUACACAGAGGUAAUACUAACUCAUUUUGAAAAAGAUUGGCAACACCAACAGAUGAAAACUAUUUGUACAUCAAGACCAAAGUAUAUGCAGUACUAAAGGGCAAACAGAAGUCCCAACAGCAGAGCACUGCACUUUAACCUCAUGGGCUAAUAUACAACAGUCUAAUCUUUCCACUCAGAUUUCAGAAUACCAACUGCAGAUGUUUCAGUAUCUUAUUUAACAAGGAUUUCUAGCCAUCUCCCUAUAUUCCUUCAUCUCUUAUCCUCCCCUAGAUUGGAAUCCCUGAUAACCUCCUACAAGCAAUUGUUGCACAAUGAGUGCAGCAAGGGUCACGGGCUCCUACCAACCCUGCACAGCUCAUCUACCCACUCCAUUCCUCAUCUCAGCAGUGAACACCUUCCUUUGCUAGCAUUACAGCCAUGCCACACCACCUCGCUAAGUAGUUCUAUUUACUGCCCUGCGACUGCACCAGUCUCACCAUUCAGUAGACAUGCUCCUCUUAUCCUCAUUUUUAAGUCAUUGUUUCUACCCUGAUCUCCAGCUAUAACGUCCUGACUGACUGCCAUCCUUGUCGAUGCUCAUUCUCUCUACACCACCGUCAAGGUUCCUACUUGAGGCAUGCUGCAAGUCUGCUAAGUUUGCUCAUGAGGAUUUAUAAUUUGACAUGCGGCUGCACCAAAACACUCUCAGUUCUGAAAGGCUCCCAGUGCUCAUGGAACCUGGCAAAGACAGAAGCAGAUAGGGCUGCUGCCUGUGUUCCUUGUGGCCACAGAGAUCAGCCUUUUGCCGUGGGACAUCUCAGGGCUGUAACAUCACCCGCCGGCCAUCUCCCUCUGUUCCCUUCCUUCUUCCAGGCAGAACAACUGGCUUCCGUUACCACUUCCACCAUUUCUGAAUCUCUGUUCUCUCUCAGGCAAUGGAUUUAAUCUUGUAUGGAGCAGAAGCACACCGAGCACGUUCAGGAACUAUUAAGAACUAGAUCAUGAAUACAGUAUGUGUUUACUUGCUUCCUUUUUCACAAUCCCUACCAGCAGUCUUCUCCCGUUGCCACUCUGCAGCCUUUGCCCCUUCCUUCACCCACCACUUGGCAUUUCCUCCUUUUGUUCACCACGAGCCAUUCACAUCCAUGUUAAUGCCUCCACCUUCCAGCACCCUUCCAGGAGGGGUCAAACCUCUCACCGAUGGCGUAUCAGAGAGUAACCUCAUCCAGCGCCAGCCGUUUGAACACUUCUUUCUUUUUGCCCACAACAGACCAACCCGUGUUGGUUAUUUGCACCAAGCAGCUGUAGUUGAAUCCCACAGGAAGUCACCCAAGGCAGCACAGCGUGGGGAAGGGUGGCACUCUGCCCUCGGAUCCCAGGGCUGGGACGAGCACAGCUCCUCUCGCUGCCCCCACCUCAAGCACUAGCUGACGGCACAAGCUGCACGUGCAGUGAAGACCUUACUUUUGCUUCCUAACAGGAGAUCUAUCUUUCAUUUAUUCACUCGAGACACGUGGAAUCACAUCUAUAAAGCAUUUCCCAAUCUUUCGUUUAAUUAUCCCUCAAGUUCUCAUUUACCCCCACUGGAGAAACCCAACAGGAAUAGAACUGAAUCAGUGGGAAAAGGAGCACCGACACGAAGCUCAGUCAGAAGCGAGAGGAAACAUCUACAGCCCUUCUGUUUCACAGUAUAAAAUGGGAUGAGUUUCUUAUUACAAAAUGCAGAGGCUUUAUGAAAUAGUUCCUUUUAAAAUAAAGCAUGCCCAUUUACGA